AUGACUGAAUAUAGAAAUAUCAGCAAUAUUUUAUGUACGGAUAUUUUACUUGAACUAUUUCAAUACUUUUAUGUUGAUGAAUUGUUUAAUGCAUUUAAUGAUACAAUACAUUAUUUUCCAUUAUUACUUAAAAAUGGAAAUGUACAAUUACAUGUACGACAUGUCGAUUCUCAUUUCCGGAAACACAUUAUGCCAAAUAUUGAAAGAAAUAAUGUUAUAUCAGUACGCAUCCAAAACAUGUAUCAAAUGGCUCCUGUGAAUCUCGGUGAAUUUAAUCAAGUACAUUUUCUUGUGUUACAUAAUGUAACUGAGCUUAAUUGGCCUGAUAAUUUUCCGAAAGAUUUAAAAUAUUUAACAAUUUAUGUUCGAAGUAAAGAUCGACACAAAAUAUUUAAAAAAGCCUUAAUCUUAGAUAAUAUUAAACGUCUGGAAUUUAAUUCAACAUUUUUACAUUUUCAUGAUUGUAAUGAAACCUUAGUUAAACCAUCAACAAUUAAGCAUCUAGUCUUUAAUAGUCAACGUUGCUUUAUUAAUUAUGAAUUUUUAUUAAAUAAUAUGCCAGAUUUACAGUCAUUGAAAUCAAGCAACACUUAUUAUCCACAUAGAACCAAAACAAAUUUAGGAAUAUUUAACCGUCUGUAUACAAUUGAUUUAGAUUGUAAACAUAUCGAUAUUGAUGUAAUGAUCUUGUUUAUAAUCGAUGUAUCUAGAUAUUCAUUACGUCAAUGUCGUCUUAUCAAUGUUAACAAUAGUUUAUCAUCAUACAUCGCAGACGUCCUGAUUUCCUGA